GGAUGAAAGGAGUAGAACAUAAGUUUUUUUUGGUGGGAAGAUUACAUACGGAGCGUAGUUUUAAUGCAGAAGCUUUGAUUGAAAUGAUGCGGUUGAUGUGGAAACCGAUUGGGAAGUUUGAAGGUAUUCUAUGGGCUAAACAGCUGAUUCUAUUUCAAUUUUCAAAUGAAAAGGAUUUGCAUCGUGUACAGAGGGGAGCUCCAUGGCUAUUUGAGCAGGCUGUACUGUGUUUAAAGCAAAUUCAGGGAAAUGAAUAUCCCAAUUCCAUUACUUGUAUCCAAACAGAAAUAUGGGGUCGGAUAUAUGCAUUGCCUCCAAAAUUCAUGACAGAAUCAGUAGCCAGACGUUGUGGCAUCAAAAUGGGACAUGUGAUUACAGUAGAUAACACUACUAUAAAUAGGCUCUCACCAUUUUUACGAGUCCGAGUAGCAAUUGACGUUACUAAACCUAUUCCUAGAGGCACUUUCAUUAAAGUAAUAGGGUCACAAUUCUGGGUACCUUUCCGCUAUGAAAGAUUACCACCUUUUUGUUUCUAUUGUGGAUGUUUGGGCCAUACACGAAGAUUAUGUAGCCUAUGGGAUGAAUCAAAUGAAGGAGAAAUGAGUAAGACUCAUUAUUCUGAUGAUUUGCGCGUUUCAACAUUUGGGGUUAAUAGGGUGACCAUUUCCUCCAAGGUGCAAUAUGGAGAUUUUGAGUGUACAGAAAAGCUAAUGGGGGUUACAGAAGGUAAUCAUCAAGGCAUAGUAAAUGAAAUAACACAUGAAGGAAAGGAGGAGGGUCAAUCAAAAAAUCCUGACUUUUUUGCAAUUGCUUCACAAAAAAUUAAAGAAGUGAUGCUCAAUUCUGUAGAGAGUUCAAAGGAAGGAAAAGAACAAUUACAAGAGAGCCGGAGUGAGAAAGGUGAUGGGCUUUCACGAAAUGAGCCAAAUCAAGUUAAUAAUCAGGUUCAGGACCCAUGUAUAAAUGAAUCUUUUGUUGAGCUACUAAAGGCCCAAUCAAAUAUGGGCUUGUCCAAAGCUCUUCCGAAUGAAGGUUUACCAAGUAAUGACAACCUAGUCCAUGAUGCACAAUGCAUGAAGAAUAACCUAGGAAUGUGUUCGAGCUCAACUAUUGGUGAAGGUUUAACUUCACAUUUCUUGGUCGAUAGUGGAACCCAAUUAGUUGAGAAGACAAUAGCGGCUGUAGUAUCAUCUCAAAAACGGCGUGGUUGGCGAAGGAAAGAGAGGAACAAUGGCACUACAGAAUCUUCAUCGGGAUCAGAGUUGGGAAAGCUCGUGAUAGAAAAAUCGGGAGGACUAGAAAUUGAUGGUGAUGAAGAAAUAAAUGAUGAGUCCGCAAGGAAGAAAAGGCUGAAGAAUAGUUAGGAUAGACAUGGGAUGAAUAAAACUGAAGCAAUAAAAGUCGUUCAAUAAUCUAGUCAAUAGCCAUGAAUUUGCUAUGUUAUAGUCGUCAGUGCUUAGGAAGGACCAUAAAAAUAUGAGGUCGAUUAGAUCUCUUUUUCCCUCUUUCAUAUUUCUAUUUGAUUUUUUUUUUUUAAAUAUUGAAAUGGAAGUUGUAAAAGAUUAGUUGCAUAAUUUUUUCAAUGUUGGAUGUAGAUUAUACUU